UUUGAAGAAAUGGCAAUAAUAGAAGAAUCUUAUCCACAAGACAAGAAAUAAGAUCGAAGGCUCAACACUGUGACACAAUUCAACAGAAAAAGAGCAUCAUAACAAAACAAAAGCAGGAAGCAGAAAAUGGCUACUACCAUCUUCUCUGGAGGUUCAGUUUCUCCAUUCCAUUUUCACAGCAAGAGUACAUCUUUAACAGCCAAAGUUCCAAUUCUUCAGCUGAAGAGACCUUUCAUUACAAAAUCAAUAGCUUCUCUUGGAACUGAGACAUCACUCUCUCCAGCAGUUCAAACCUUCUGGAAGUGGCUUCAGGAAGAAGGCGUCAUCACUAAGAAGACACCAGUGAAGGCUAGUGUGGUCCCAGAAGGUCUUGGAUUGGUUGCACUCAAAGACAUUUCUAGGGAUGAUGUUGUUUUGCAGGUACCAAAGAGGCUUUGGAUAAAUCCAGAUGCAGUUGCAGCUUCAGAGAUUGGGAAUGUUUGCAGUGGUUUGAAACCAUGGUUGGCUGUGGCACUCUUUCUCAUAAGAGAAAGGUCAAAAAGUGAUUCUGUUUGGAAGCAUUACUUCGGUAUUCUGCCACAGGAAACUGAUUCCACUAUAUAUUGGUUAGAGGAAGAGCUUUCAGAACUUCAAGGUACUCAACUUCUGAACACAACAUUGUCUGUGAAAGAAUAUGUGAAGAAUGAAUUUAUGAAACUGGAAAAAGAUAUCAUUCUCCCUAAUAAGCGGCUUUUUCCUUCUCCUGUAACACUGGAUGAAUUCUUAUGGGCAUUUGGAAUUCUCAGAUCAAGGGCAUUUUCUCGCCUUCGCAAUGAAAAUCUAGUUGUAAUUCCACUGGCAGACUUGAUUAACCACAGUGCCAGAGUAACUACAGAGGAUCAUGCUUAUGAAAUUAAAGGAGCAGCUGGCCUUUUCUCUUGGGAUUACCUAUUUUCCUUAAGGAGCCCCCUUUCUGUCAAGGCUGGAGAACAGGUGUAUAUCCAAUAUGAUUUAAACAAAAGCAAUGGAGAGUUGGCUAUGGACUACGGUUUCAUUGAACCUAAUGCGGAUCGAAAUGCAUACACGCUAACAUUGAAUAUAUCUGAGUCAGACCCUUUUUAUGGUGACAAACUAGACAUUGCCGAGUCCAAUGGUUUUGGUGAAACAGCAUACUUUGACAUCUUCUACAAUCGCCCUCUUCCACCAGGGUUGCUUCCAUAUCUGAGACUAGUAGCACUAGGGGGUACCGACGCUUUCUUGUUGGAAUCUCUGUUCAGAGACUCCAUCUGGGGUCAUCUCGAGUUGUCUGUGAGCCGUGACAAUGAGGAGCUGGUAUGCAGANCGGUUCGAGAGGCCUGUAAAUCUGCCCUUGCUGGUUAUCAUACAACCAUUGAGCAGGAUCGCAAGUUGAAAGAAGCAAAUCUAGAUUCAAGGCUUGCAAUAGCAGUUGGAAUAAGAGAAGGGGAAAAGACGGUUCUGCAGCAAAUCGAUGAGUUCUUCGAGCAAAAAGAAUUGGAACUGGACCAGUUAGAAUAUUAUCAAGAAAGGAGGCUCAAGGAUCUUGGACUUUGUGGCGAAAAUGGUGAUAUCCUUGGAGACCUCGGAAAAUUCUUCUAAUCUUGCAGGAAGCAGUUGCACCCGAUAAGGACAGACUAUUGCUUGCAUUUCUAAAUGAUGAAAAAAACUGGACACUUGGUAAAUCACAAAUGGAGUCUUGUAACCUUAUAAAAAAAUGGAAUCUUGUAAGAUGAAAGUAUGGCAUGCAUUGAAUCGAUCUUUAAAAGGAUCAUGAUCAAGUUUUUUGACUCGGAACAAUUAUUACAAAUUUACAACCCAUUACAUGCCUACAGCUUGUAAAGAGGAAAAUGUAAUGUAUGAAAUAUAAAUAUACUUCUGUAUUGGUGAUAAUUUAUAAAGAAGUUGACCAUCGGGAUGACAUAGAGAAUGAACUUUA